CGAGGUGCUAUUAAGCAUUUGCAUAGAUUCCAUGUCGUGUCUUAUUUUCCUCUUACUGUUACUGCCUUAAUACAGUUCCCCAUCAGCACGCGCAAGAGGACGUACCCCCCUACUACUACAGUAUAGCGAGGAACUAUAGCACCACUUCGUGGCGGUAUCCUCAUCAACCCAUUUUGUUUUGAUCCGAAGCAACUCCACAUUAUCCAUCUACUUACGAGAAAGAAAUUAUAGACAAGAUGGAGGAAUCCAAGUUGAUCGAACACGUUCUAGAGGCGUCCUUCGAUGCUGGCAGCCCUAAUUUCGUCAAAGCUGUCCUAGACCAGCUCAAGGCUGCAGAGACGCCUAGUUUUGCUCGCGCAGAUCUCAUCGUAGAAGCAAAAUGCGGUUUGCUAUACUCCGAUCAACGGAAGCAAAUCCAGUAUUUGCAUGGAUGUUUUCAAAGAGCGGAUGUAAUGGCGAAGCGGGACAAAGUACCUGCGGAGCUGAAGGCAAAACUGCCAGAUUUGAUGCGGCUUUUGGUUAUGAAAACAUACAUGAACUGAUCUUGAUGGUGUACUAGUUCUAGUCCCUGCAUAAUUAUACUAGGUCUCGGAGUAGGAAGCUGAACGAGGACGAGCACAAUCUGGUUUGGUUUCUUUCGUUGUUGAGCCUGUCUCUCAGAAAUGAUCCACUUUUCUGUAGCGGUCAUGCAAAUCAUCCACAGUGAAAUUUCCAGAGUUAUUCAGAACCGUUCUUCGAUUGUUUUCUUUUAGCUGCCGUGUCUCUACUCGGAUCACGACAAGUGAGCCAGGAAGUUACUCGUAGCUGCUACGUGGUUCGAAUGAUUGAGUGAAUCUUUUAGUUUAACGUUUGUCCGUCUCUAAUCUUUCUCGUUUCGCAAACUUGGUACUUACGAUCCCUGAGAUGUUUUCGGAUCCAGAUGGGAACACCAAUAUGACACCAACAGCUGGAAGUGCGAUUUUAACGGAGUUCCUAGUGCCUGGUGGCAUGGGCGGCUUCAGUUCAGGUGGAGCAACGUCGUCGACAUUUAUGAGGUUUGAUUGUGGGAUUUAGUAUUUUUAUUAGUUAAGAAUUAGAAUACCAUGAGAUCACUUACCACAUGGGUUUACAACUUUCAAUAUAUAUAGUUAGGCAUUAUUUAGACGAGAUAGAGUCAGUGAACCACUGACAUUGUGUAAGUGAUAAACAUCAAGUGGCCUGAAAAUUAUGCUAUGAGUACUAUGAAAUGCGACCGAGUAGUCGAUUCUUCUUCCCACUCCUUUCAUUCUCCCGACCGGUUCGCCUCCAGUCCGGCUUUCGCUGAAUUUCGUGCAUCUCCUUGUGCAGACUAUCGAGCAAGAGAUGGACCCCCAGGAUAAUCCGGUCGAAUGCAUCCGCAAUCUCUUUCAGCCUGCUCUCGACGCCAUGAUGCAAGGCCUCAAGGGUCGCCAAUUCGCUGACCACAAGCUUGGCGAAUUGCAGUAUUUGACGAGUUUGAUCCAAGCGAAGAACCCUUUAGUCAACAGGGUGAUUUGCCAAUACUCAAAGCAGUUUCUGCCGGAUGCGCCACAAGCAGUCUAUGGUGGUGGGAAAGCCUUGCCGAAGGGGUUUUUGUUGCAGAUGGAAUCGUUGAUUGGGUCACUGCUAUGUCCUACGACCAUGGACACGAUGCUGUACAAGGAGAAGAGCUGUCGAAAACUACAUUUUGAAGGCUGCACGAAAAAAGCACAUCGGAUUAUACGCGCAAGUCAAGAGACGCAGAGAGGGGGGAUGCAACAGGUACUAGGCUUAGUUGUACUUCGCCUUCUUGAAGAUCAUUGUGGGGCUUUCCACUUUGUGCUUGUAGUUUUCCCGCCUACUUUACAUGACUACGUUGAACUCUUUUCUACUCGACAUCUAUUUCUUCAUUGUAUGAAACUCAAAGACGACAACUCCCAGGUAAUGGAGCAAAUCCUUGCCAUCGUGAACCCCCUAUUGCGGAGUGGUGAGGAAUGCCGUGAAGCUGUUGUCACGUGGCUUGCCCAGAUGCUAGUGGGCAAUGAGGCGAGGGCAAAAGGCUCCAAUCAGAUCCACGAAGGUGGGGACGUAAGCCACUUCCUAGACACAUUGGAGAAUUCACCGUUGCCGAUGCAGCAAAACUUGGACAUGCGACUAUCCAUGCAGUUGCAACAGGCGAAGAUGCUAGGUUUCUCGACGCCAGGAUGUGGGAACAACGUGUUGUGGUUGUUGUUAGAGCUAAUUAGACCCGUGAAAUUGUCAGCGGUGGGAAAUAUCCUGGAUCCGUGUGUGUUUGCAGGUAGUGGAGCAGCGGCAGAGGAAAAGAGCAAAAAAGCGGCUAGCAUUAUGGCCACAUGAAAUAAGUACUUAAAAAUCGCUUUCAACAAUAGUCUUCAUCUCGUAGUUCUCGAGCAUGUUGGCAGUCGAAAAUGACAUGGAGUCGACUAUUGAUCUUCAGGCUUAUCUUUCUCUAAUAUCAGUUCCGCCGGUUCCGGUGCUGUCCCGUCAGCCCCAUUCCCAGGCACAAGUACAGGAGAACCUCAAGGAGCUUCAGCGGCUUUGUUGGGCAAGUUUUCUGAGGAUACGAAGAUGGGAGACGAAGAAAGCGUGAAAAGUGCUAGGGCAAAGCUGAACCUAGAUGGUGAGGCCGCAACCAAACAGGAUUUCAAGUUCGCGACGAAGAUUUUCGCACUCUUGCAAAAAGCGUUUCACUGCAUCACGGUGCCGACAUUCAAUUAUGGGUUGGAAGUGAAUCAUCUCUACAACUACGUAGCUGUUGGAAGUAGCAGCACUAAGUAACAUCGUCUACAGAAGUUGUAAUUCCUUAAAUUUGCAGGGAUCCACCACGACCAGCACUAAUCCCUUCUUUGCAUCUAAUCUAAAGAAGACAUGUGUUUUGCCACUAUAAUUGCUUAUUUGCACCACCUCUAAUCUAAAGAAGACAUGUGUUUUCUGCACGGCAGCUCUGCCAUGUUCAAUAAGGCGCCUGAAAAAGCUGAUCUUUGCUUCGGAGAGCAUCUCUGCAUCGAGACGGUGUUGGGAUGUGAGAACUUCCUCUCAGGCAUGGUCCAUAGCAUGAACCUGACUUGCCUGUUCCUCCUCGCUGCCGCUUACCCGGAAUGCAGGGGUAAGAUCGCGCAGCAGAGCAGCGAAAUGCGGGCGGUUGACGCCUUUCACAACGUGAAGGUCCCUCCGAAAGAGGUGUCGCCAGAAUGGGCUAUUCUACCUAGUGUCCUACUGGAGGACUUCGUCAAUAUUUUAGAGUAUUUCCGAGAUGUGAUGCCACCAGGGAGCGUGCCAGGUGGAGGUAGUCAGCAUCCUUUUUUCCAGCGCGUCGAUGUCGACACUCUUCUGCUGACUUUGGUGUUCAUCCUAGGCGCCGGUGACCAUGUGAAGAACCCCAGUAUUCGCGGGAAAGUGGUCAACGUGAUCGCGUAUCUGAUCAAGACCCCUCGUUGGUCGGAUCGAUUACAGCAGUUUCAUCCAGUCGCUGACAACAUGAUCCCUAGUUGCAUUCAAGUUUUCAACGCAGUCGAGAAAACGAAGCAGAGUUACUACGACAUCCGCAUGCAAUUGAAAUACCAACUGCGGGUACCGAUUAUGGAUUUGAUCGCGCUGUUGAUACCGCGAGCAGAACACAAGCAGAACCUUCGAGAGUUUGCGAGGGAGAACAACGAGGAUUUUCUGAAGUUUUUAAACCUGUUGAUGUCCGAUGCUACAAUGCAAUUAGAUGAGGGCAUGGACACGUUGGCCGCGAUUAGAGUGCGAUCUCAGAAGACCACGCCUGGCGGCGCAUCGAGUUCGUCGUCGGCUGCUGGAGGAGGAAAUGGAGGUGCAGAUGACGAGAAUAUGCAAGAGUUGAUGCAGACGGGGGCGGCAGGUAAAAACAGUCUACUUACUCUAUCCGACUCUUCUUCUACUUCUGUACUCCUGUAAACUUGCUUCACUUGUUCAUGACUUCUAGCUAUCGCAUCAUGAUCAAGUUGAAUCAGUUACAAUUUCUUUUACACGACUUUGGAAGAACCCCAGCAAGCAGCAUCUGCAACAUCACUUCCAUUUCGUCUCUCUCCCCCUCGGUCACUCCCGUAGGCAUCGGCGUCGACCGUGGUGGCAUUCAGGAGGAUGAGCGGAACGAGCAAGGUGAAGAUUUGUACCGUAGAAGUAGGCGAGAUCCGAAGGAGCACUGUAGAACGUACAUGAAAAUGGGUCUUCGAACGAUCAAGACCUUGUACGCCAUUACGCAGGAAACUCCGGAGAUUAUCACGGAGAAGGGCGUGGUCCUACAGCAGAUGGUCCAGAACUGCUUGAAUGCGUCGUUGAACAGGUAUUAAUUUCUAAGCUCUCCAGAAGUGCUCUCCAGAAGUGCAACUGUAAGUAUUCAAAACUACAACUCCUACUGCAACAACUACAUGAAGACUGGUCUGAAUGGUUCCGGUAUUUUUGGUAUAGCCUGAAUUUGAUCAUAAGGAAAAACAAGAAGAGAACCCUUAGGAUCAAACUCAGGUUAAUACCAAAUACCAGAACCAGACAUGGUCGUGGUGUCUCAACCCACGCCUUCUCAUCUUCUAUCGUACCCCACCAGGUUGGUCGGACCCAAAUGCAUGCAGUUGAAGAGUUCCAAGCAAGACUGGGAAUCAGUGUCCUUCAAACCCGUCGAGCUCCUGAUGAUGGUGUGCGAGAUGUAUGUUCUCAUCGCGAGAGCGGAGAAAGUGAAGGUAAUAUGGAGAUCCUCAUCCAUAACCAUAUCUACAUCCUCGUCUCCAACGAUUUGGCCAUCUUCCAAUUCUUGAUGAUGUUUCAGAUUCAAUACAACUUGUACAACUAACUUGAAAAAAACUUCCACUUGCCAGCAUGGAUGAAUUGCAUGAUUCGUCAUCUAAUCCACCUGCCCUAUUGCACUCCAGCUAAUGCUAAUACAUGAUUUGUCAUCUAAUCCACCUGCCCUAUUGCACUCCAGCGAAUAUCCCAGUCAACAACAACGCCGACAGGUAAUAUCCCACGUAAACAACGACGGGAAUGUUAACGUCAACGCCUUCCAGAAGGCUGCGCGCAUUGUGAAGCGUGAUGGCAUGUUGCGGAAGGAAUUGUUGACCGAAUUUGACGAGUUUGUAAAGGAUGUUGGCGCUGCCUCUGCUAGUAAUGAAGCCGCAGACCUCGACGACUUCCCAGACGAGUUCGGGGAUACGUUGAUGAACGAGUUACUGGUAGACCCGGUCACUCUGCCAUCCGGAAACAAGGUCAACCUUAAGGCUUCUCCUAAUUCUCUUCUAUACCUAUAGGAAUCGAUCUCUGUGCUGGGAUCUCUAGUCCUUCUGGUACUAUUUGGUAAGAACCUGAUGAAUUCGAUCACAAGUAGGAUUCUCUACUUCAUCUUGUCCUCAUCACCAGUACAUCUUAGAGAAGAAGUGAUAGAUGUGUAUUGGAGAGAGGUCUAACAACCGAGCAACGGCAGAACGCAUCUACAUGAGCGACGCGGUGGACCCCUUCACGCGCCAAGCCUUUACGAUGGCGGAUAUAGAGCCGGACGACGAAUUGAGGGAGAAAGUGCACGCCUGGGUGCGUAGUAGGGGAAUCGAUCCUGCGACACUGCAGCUCUAGACGCUAGCUCCUAGAAAUGACGGUUAAAUAGAAGAAGUAGAUGUGAACAAGCGAUCUUCGAUUGUUUUAAAUAGUGAAGUAAUUGUGAAGGAGCUGUAGAUGCUGUUUUGUGUAAAGUAGAAACUCAAAUAUGACAAAAAACUAGAGUCAAAGAAACCAGAUUAUAUGACAUCAAAGUUGAAAAAGACCGACAACUCCAAUACGAUAUGUUUGUGCCGAUGAAUUCAAAGAUGGUUGUAAUUCAGAUUUUGAUUCGAUUUCGAAAAUGGUGCGGUUCAUAAUCAUUCUCUUCAAAUAUUAAAAUCAAAAAUCGAAGAUUCAACUCAAGAGAUUCUAAUUCUGAGUAUUGUCCCCUACAAUCGUGUGAAGUCCCUGCUAUUGUUGUUCCCUGACAACGACAGCAAGACCCCCCUCAUGAUUUCAACACCUUGAAAUAAAUCACAUAGAAGGCCUCUUGAAAUAAAUCACAUAGGCCUCUUCAAAUUUUUGAAACGACAAGACGACUUGAUACGUGAAACCCUCAGUAUUGGACUGUGAAAAAGCAGCACCUUCCAUGAUCUCAAGUAGCGGCAGCUUCCAUGGUGGCACCAAAAAAAAUUGCAGCGGUUCUACUUCGUUUGCGCAAUAUUAUUGCGUAACUACAGACUCGUGGCUCCUUACUGACUAACAAUCGUGUUGGUGUUGUCCUAGCUUUUCGCAUCAAACGUCACUCAUUCAGGCUCACUGGUGUUUCUCUACAAUUCUCAACGCCACGGCAGAGGUGCCACAAAUCCAUGAAUGUUGUGUCA